AUGUUUCUCACCACAUCCACGCCGCCGAACACCGCUAGUAGCGCCGCUGCAACAACGACGACGAAGAGUUCGCCAUUUGCAUUGCCGUUGGGUAGGCAGGUCCGACACGGUCUCAGCUCAGACUGGCGCGAACAGGUUCGGCGUUCGGGUGGUGUUCUCAAUGACAUCUCGCCUGCGCUACCCGACAGCAAUCACACCAUCGAGCAGCGACAGCGUGUGGCGGGGUGGCAGCCGGUAGUGAAGCUCCUCGGCGACCAACGGCUUCGUGUGGCAAUUGUUGGUCGCAUGAACAGCGGUAAGUCAUCUCUGUUUAAUUUGCUGAGCGAGGACCCGACGAUGCCAAAUCGGAAGAACGUUGUACGUGACUUUGACGGCAUCACGCGGGACUCGGUGGAGGGCCAUGCCCAGUUGGAAGGGAUGCAUUUCACCGUCAUUGACACACCUGGCAUGGUGAACGGCAAACUGGUGGAGGAGGCCUUUCGCACUGUGGAGACCGCUGAUGUUGCCAUUUUCGUCACAGCGGUGGAUGAAGAUCUGCACCCAGCCGAGUUUGACCUCAUUCGGUAUUUGCAUCUCAAGUGCAUGCCAACGUUUGUGCUGGUGAACAAGAUGGAUCUCGUCUCGUUAGAGGAGGAGGAUCGUGUCCUUGAACGCUACAAUGAACUUGGGUUAGGCAAUGCCAUUCCAUUUUCUGCGCGGCUAAAAUCGGGAAUGGAGAUGCUUGCGGCUGUGCUGGAGCCAUUGUACCAUAUCCACGCGAUGCAGAAAGUGGAGAAUGACUGGGAUAUUGAGGAUCUCGCCCUGCAGGGAGACGAGUCUGCCAUGGAGGAGAUACGUGACCGCAAUUGCGCAGAUCGCUUUAUUCGUAUUGCACUUGUGGGGAGAACAAAUAGCGGUAAGUCGAGUCUAAUCAACCGUUUAGUGGGCUUUGAGCGUAACCGUGCCGUAAAUGAGAAAAACUCAACCCGUGAUCCAGUGGAACUACCAUGCAUUUACAAGGGGCGUAAAGUGAAGCUUAUUGAUACUGCUGGCUUGAGCCGGCACCGAUUCCGUGCCGACCGUGAUUUCAUUGGCCGCAUUCACGAACUCUCCGUCAAUGAGAUUCGCUACGCGCAUGUGGUGAUUGUCGUUUUUGAUGCCACAGAAGGUCAUCCUAACAAGUACGACAUGGCUGUCUUGCACUCUGUUGCUUCAGAGGGGCGACCGUUUUUACUGUGUGCCAAUAAGUGGGAUGCCGUGCUGGAUCAGAGUGCGACUGCAGAGGCGAUUGACUUCAAAAUCAAGCGACAAGUACGGGAGGUAAAGUACAGCAACGCCGUCGUUGUCUCCGCCCACACGGGACUAAACCUCAGCUUACUCCUGGAUCAGGCAUUGUCACUUUAUGAUACGUGGAACAAACGGGUGCGGCGUGCGGAGCUGACACGGUUCUGGCGCAAAAUGGAGAAGUCAGUUAUCAUUCCCUACCACGUUGCCCGUGUGGGACGCAUUGCACAGGUGAAUACGCGUCCGCCGACAUUUCUGCUUCAGCUGCAGACGAAGAACGAUGAAAAUACAUUGCCAAAGGCGCUCCAGGAGAUGAUGAAAAACGCUCUUGUGGAAGAGUUCGACUUUCGCGGCGUUCCCAUCCGGCUCAUUCAGGACGUAAAGGACUCUAACCCCGACUACAUUUAG